AUGGAUAAUCUUGCCACAGAAUCGAAAAUCUUUUCCACUCCUGUGAAAAGCGUUUCAGAAGAGAAGUUUAAAAGUCUACGAGACAAAGUUGGACGGGAGUCGCCUUUCCUGUACCGCACAAAGCAACUAUCCGACGUCACCAAAAACGCCAAUCACGAUGGAGGGAAUUCGACGCCCAAACUGGGGUCUGGUAGCAUACCGAAAAAUGAAAACAUACAUGUGAACGACACAGCGCCAGAUGAACCCAUUCCAGCGGCUUUUGCAUUUGAAAAUAGAGCUCUGGGCCAGUACUCGCGUCGUAUCGUCAAUAAAGAGCUCGAAACUCGUCGCAUCAUAUCAAAUUUGGUCGCUGUUUUGCUGUGGAAUCUGGCUAUCAAGUUUCUGACGCUGUUUCUGCAUCACACGAGCCACGGCAUCAAUUUUCAACAAGCCUUGACCAAAUGGGUACGUGAACUUGUCAUUUAUCGCUUGUUUCCUCGUGCGGAUUUGGACUAUUCUACUAUGGCUCGUAUUGCUACAAUCGCCAAUCUUUCGCAUAUAUUCCACUUGAUCGUCUUUUAUAACGUCACGGUUUCGCUUUGGCGUCUGGUACUCAAGUCACAGAACGUGAAAAUCGACGAUUUACACUUGAGCAACCGUCAGAAACAAUUGCUGGGGGUAUCCGACGUGCCAUCGACAAAAAACCUGCCGCCGAACCUCUCUAUCUCAAGCAAUGUCAGCAAGGAAGAUAGAAAGGAUCAAACAACGCACCUGAAUAAGCCAUUGUCGCAAAGCAACAGUCCCUCGCCUCUAUUUCUUUUCAAAUCGCUGCAAACUCCUUUGAAAUCUCGAGAACAGAGCUCCACAGCUUCUACAGGCACCAGGAGCGCUUAUGUGAAAAAGGUAAAUGCAUUUGGGGAUUUGAACACAUCUUACCAAAAGAAGCCAAGCUUGACGCCUGGUCAGAUGAAUUCGAAGGCAUUCACUACCCCAAUAAGCCGAAACGGCUAUAUUCCGAGCAGCAAAUACGCAUAUAUGCGUGAGUCUCCCAGUCCGAGGAAACCGUUAUAG